AUGUGGCAAUUAUUCAUAUUAGCUAUUGCUCCAUGCUUUUCGCAUCCUCAAUUUGUUGGUAGCUUAGCAUCACAAUGUAAACCGAGCAAAAAUCCAAAUUCUGAUUGUAUUGGAGCAGAUUUUGUUAAAAGUGAUGGAAAAAUACAAUCUUGUGUGGAACAUAAAGAUUGUUAUGAUUAUCGAGAACCAAUACUCUGGUGCCGACCUAAUCCGAAACAGAAGUGGAUAGAAGAUGGCUGCCACUGUGAUUUAAAACUUCAAUCAUGCGUAAUUAAUCGUCAAUCAUACGGUCGUAUGGAAUAUACUAAUUGUCUUUCAGCGCUACAUUGGUAUUGUCCUUAA